CUGUCAGCGAAAAUACACUCUUGAUAUCUUGACGGAAUCAGGGAUGGUAGGAGCUAAGCCUUGCAAAUUUCCAAUGGAGCAAAAGCUCAAACUUAAUAGGGAUGAGGGUCGCACCAUAUCCAAUCCUAUACAAUACCGUCGACUCAUUGGAAAACUUAUCUAUUUGACUAUAUGUCGACCUGAUAUAUCUUAUGCUGUUCAUAUUUUAAGUCAAUUUAUGCAGGAACCCAAACAGCCCCACAUGGAUGCUGCCAUGAGAGUCUUACGUUACUUGAAAUCUUCCCCAGACCAAGGCAUUUUCUUGUCGUCAACAAGCUCACUUCACCUCUCUGCCUUUUGUGACUCUGAUUGGGCUAGUUGCCCGAUGACAAGGAAAUCCACUACAGGCUACAUCACCAUGCUCGGCAACUCCCCAAUCUCUUGGAAAACUAAGAAACAAACUACUGUAUCAAGAUCCUCUGCUGAAGCUGAGUAUAGAGCAAUGGCAUCCACUGUUAGUGAACUACUAUGGCUAAAGGCACUGUUGCGAACCUUAGGAGUUCAUCCUCCUCAGCCGAUUAAACUAUAUUGUGACAACCAAGCCGCUCUACACAUUGCCACCAACCCAGUCUUCCAUGAACAAACAAAGCACAUCGAACUUGACUGCCACUUCAUUCGUAAUUGGAUACAAGCUGGUGUUAUCUCACCUUCACAUGUCCGCUCUCGGUUCCAAAUUGCUGACAUCUUCACCAAAGCAUUGGGAAAAGAGCAAUUUCAGUUCCUUCUACGCAAGUUGGGCAUCUACAACUUACAUGCUCCAACUUGAUGGGGGGGGGGUAUUAGCUACAUAUACAGCACAGCCAUCGCAGCAUAUCAAUUAAGACCUGGAUUCUAGGAAGCAAUUACAGAAAGCAAUUAAUUAGCAAUUGCAUUAUACCGUUAGAAUAUUGUAUAUAUAUACUGUACAAAUUCAGCAAAUCAAAUAGGAAAAAGGCAAUAUUUUUCUAUAUGUUCUGCCGCUUGCUGCUUUUGUCUGAUUUCUCUCGCUUAGGUAUCGAUCUUUACAGAGGAGCUUGAGAAUUGGUUUUUUUUUUGGCUGAAGAUUCAGGGACUAUCCCGUGGGUGGGGUACCCUGAAUCUGAAGCAAAAAUCUACCUCUCAAUCUUCGCCCCUUUCUUGAUAUAUGCAUUUGUGUUGAUUGUGAAUCCAGAUCUUUAGAAAUGUAAAACUGGUUGAUGAAAUGAAAUAUUUUUAUCUUA